AAAAAUGAAAUAUUAUUUUUUUCAGUGUGGAGAAACAAGGUUAUAUUAAAUGAAAUACAAAGACAUCACAGGUUAUAUAAUGAAAAUAAAAAAAUUUAUAUUGACAAAUCAAUGGAUCAACUUAGAUACCAUCCACAUAGAAGAUAUGCAACAAAAAUUAUAAUUAAUGUUAAUGAACCAUUAGAACCACAUGGUCAAUUAAUACCCUAUGGUACAACCAAAUUAAAAUUUUAUAGUAGUUUUAAUAAACCAAUCCAAGCAGGCGAUAUUCCAACAACUGUCACUUCUUUACAAUUUUCUAAUACGGAUAUAGGAUUUUGUAAUGUUUAUUAUUCACAUCGUUUCGAUAUUAAAUCAGUUAUCCCACCAAGUGUUACUGAAUUGAGUCUCGGAAUAAAUCAAGAAAUUUCACCAAAUACAUUACCACCAUCGCUUACCAGUUUAACAAUGGAACUAGAUCAAGAUAUAUUAAUUGGAACUUUCCCACAAUCAUUAACUGCAUUAAAGCAAAAUAAUUUCAAUAGAACAAUUACACCUGGUUCAUUUGGUUCAAUUGUAGAUUUAUCCCUAGAAUCCUUUAAUCAACCUUUAAAAGCCGGUGACUUACCUAUAACAUGUAAAUAUCUAUAUCUGGGCUCUUACAAUCAACCGCUCCAACCAAAUAUUCUUCCCCCUGAAUUAAAAGAAUUAGAACUAAUAAACUUUAAACACCCACUAUCACACGAGAUAUCAAUCCAAACAUUUCCACACUCAAUCGAAACAUUAUUUUUUAAUAGUUUUAAUCAAGUAAUAAAACCAAAUGUACUUCCACCAUCAAUAACUAAUCUCUUUUUAAAUAAAUAUAAUCACCCACCUUCAGAUGGUACUAUCCCCAAUUCAGUUACAUAUUUAACAUUACCUAAGUUAUCUAGUCCUCUUCAAGUAGGUGUAUUACCAGAAUCUCUCACUAAAUUAACAUUUAAAAAUGGAUUUGAUCAACCUAUAGACCCAGCUACCAUUCCACAAUCUGUUACUCAAAUAUCAUUA